AUGUGGGUACAAUUACCGGCCAGCCAGCUCUUUCUAUUCAUCAGCUUUUACUAUGCUCUCGCUGGUAAGCUAGUAGGUCCAGCGACGGAAUCUUCAAAUAGCGAAAACCUUCCCACAGAAACGCGUUAUGAUGUUCCUGCUGAAUGGAGUGAGAUGUGCGAGUUCUUGGAACGCGAUUGGCAGGGCGAGGAGGGUCAGAUUAAUGAUGAACGUUUUCGACUGAGAGGCGUUACCGUAGUAUUCCGACAUGGUGAAAGAUCUCCAUUGCACACCGUGGAGGAUGCAGCUGGGUGCCUUCCGUUCAGAGAACAAGAUCGGCAGGAUUUCGAAAUGUACAAAAAACUGAUAGAGAGUGACGAUUUCAAUUUCUUUUUGCGAACCGACAGCGCAUUGUUCCGCUGGACAAAUGACAGCUGA